CGGGGCAGGAGGUUAAUGGUUGCCUGCUACUCAACAGAAAUGGCAGACGGUUGUGCCUGGAAGAUGACCCUGGCACCGCAUCGCGCUGUUAGGCCAUGCGUACGCUGCCUAACGAGCCAUGAGUGAUUGCUAUGAUCUUGCCACAAAUAAUUCAUGAGGAGCCCUGUGGAGGAGCUAUGGAGCUUAAAGGGAAGCAUCAAAAACCACAGCGUACAUUCGCACUAUGUAUCUUGGGAUACAAAGUCACCGGCAGAAGGAGAACCAGAGGCGCUUUUAUUGGGCUAUGAUGUAUGAGUAUGCUGAUGUCAACAUGCUGCGACUGCUGGAGACCUUCUUAGAGAGCGCCCCUCAGUUGGUGCUGCAGCUCUGCAUCAUGAUCCAGAGCAACAAGGCUGAGUGGCUGCAGUGUCUUUCUGCCAUGUCCUCCCUAACGUCGUUGGCCUGGGUGCUAGCCUCUUACCACAAGCUCCUCCGCGACUCGCGUGAUGACAAGAAGAGCAUGAGUUACCGAGGUGCCCUGGUGCAUCUGUUCUGGCGCCUUUUCACCAUCUCUUCACGGGUGCUCUCCUUUGCCCUUUUUGCCUCAGUGUUCCACAUCUACUUUGGCAUUUUUGUGGUGCUCCAUUGGUGCGCCAUGGCUUUUUGGGUCAUCCAUGGCGGCACUGACUUUUGCAUGUCCAAAUGGGAAGAAGUACUAUUCAACAUGGUGGUGGGCGUGGUCUACGUCUUCUGCUGGUUCAAUGUACGCGAGGGCCGGACGCGGUACAGAAUGGUGGUCUACUACACCGUCGUGUUGCUGGAGAAUGCCAUCCUGACCUCACUUUGGUACGCAUACCGCGACCCAGCCACCACUGACGCCUAUGCCUCUUUUGCCAUCUGUGGCGUCUUCCUGUGCUUUGCCUCAGGUGUGGCCUGCAUGAUUCUCUACUAUGGGGUCCUACACCCCAUGGGCCCCCGAAUGAGGAUGUUGGCUUCCUCCUGCUGUGCUGAACUGCUAUGGGGCCUCCCGUUACCACCUGAAGCUGAGCCAAUGGCUCCCACGCCUGGGCCUCGUGGCUCCCAGGCCACCCCUACACGAGGCGUGGCGGGAGAACAGAUGGGGUUAGACGAAACAGCUACAGACACAUGCCUUCCGGUUUUCCAAGUGAGGUCUACAGAACCUGUGGACGCAGCAGGCCGGCCCAUCCCGCCUGAGGGUCCGCUUAUUAAAAUAGACAUGCCCAGAAAACGCUAUCCAGCCUGGGACGCACACUUUGUUGAUAGGCGACUGCGCAGGACCAUAAACGUGCUGCAGUUUAUUAGCCCCAAUGCGGUGGGCAUCAGGUAUAGGGACGGUCCACUUCUCUAUGAACUUCUACAGUAUGAAUCCUCCCUCUGAAGGCCCUGUCCGUGAUGCUAUCCUCACCUUUUACACAGAACGAUGCACACGCAUUUUGUUUCUCCUCAGAUGUUGCAUCUUUCCAUGCGUUCUCGGGCUCUGUUCAUCACUCCUCGAUGAUCUGAAAGUUUUCCAGGACAUAUUUUUUUGUCAACCAAAAACCCGACAGACAAACGUUCAAGAAUUAUUUUUGGAGGAAAAAACAAAAAAACAACACACACAUAGUACAGAGAGAAAACGUUACAGUAUACUAUUUGAUAAAUAUAAUACAUAUAUAUAGAUAUAUAUAUGUCUCAGAUAAAUCUCUCUAUACUGAUAUAGGAGGCUUCUAAAUGAGUGUGUAGAUAACAUAUGAAUGUUUCAUUAUGAAAUGUGUUUAUGUGUUAUACUGUGUUGGUGACUCAACCUGUGGAUAUUUGUGAAGGGCAUAUUGUGUGUCUCGCUGACAUGGGACUGGUGCAAAACCUUAUGGGAAUGAUGGAGGAGAGUCUCAGAGGGGCCAGGUCUUUGCACACCCCUAAAUUUACUGCCAUUUUCUUUGUAACUCACUGAAAUAUAUGAAACAAAUAAUGUUUACUAAGUCCUUAGCCAAUUAAUAAAAAUAUGCUUAAAAACAAUAUGGGUGAUACUUCAAGAAGUAAUUCUGAGAUUUUGUUUGUUGUAUGUUUUAUUUUUCCUUUUUGUGUUUACUUUGUUCACGUGAACUGUACUUUUUUUUUUCAUUUUAAUUUAGAUGCAAAAUGCAUUUAAAUUCAUAAGCACACUGGCCUUCAAUCUGUUUUACAAACAUUUUUUUACAAUGUAGACUGCCCUCUGGUGGGAAGGAAGCUGUAACAAAUUGCCUUGUGUGACUCAAAGCAUCAGCACAAAAAAAUCUUAAAUAAACCAUUUAGAAAUAAAAAGUUGUAGAAAAAAGCACAUUUUCCAAUUUAAUUAUUACAAAACGUGUUAUAAGCAUUCCAAAGACUUUAUAGAUAGCCUUUAGGUAGUUAAUUACGAGUGAAAAGGUGUAAGUGCAUUUUAACAUGCAAAUAUUUGCGUGCUGUACAAAGACAGCCUUCAGAGAAUCCUCCACCAUUCCCUUUCGAAUACUGGAAAGUAUAACCUCCCUAUUUUGUUAUAAAAUGUUAUUUAUUUAGUUCUAGUAAUCAAGUGAUAGGUGCAAAGACUUCUUUAAAAAACACACACACAUCUGAGAUAUUUAUGUGCCAUCAUACUUUAUUGUCGACAUUUAUGGUACAUUUAUGGUAACUGAGAACAUUUUAUAUUUUCUGUUUUGACAUAGCUCACUUCUGCAGAGUUAAACGGUACACUCCUCACCAACUGUGUGCCCUUAAAGAGAGGUGAUAACCUUAUGUACCCUGUGUGACUGCUCUGGAACUAGCUGACACGUUGAAGCAAAGCCAAAUCAAAUCUUAAAGUACUGUCUUUGUAAUUUAACUGCCCCUCGUUCCUUUCCCCAACCCCCAGACGGAUGGGUAUGUGCAAAACUGUGCCGUCUUACUAGCACACUGUGCAGCAAUUAUAACAUUAAGAAAUUCAACCCUGGUUCAUUCUGUGUGGGCUUUUUCACUAUUGAUACCCCCAGGGACAACCACAACCAUCCCUCUAUCUCAAAAAAAAAGAGAAGAGAAAUAUAUGAGAAAAGUAUGUAUAUAUGUCUACAUAAUACCAUGCCUUCUAAGUUAAAGAAGCUUGACUAAAAUUUCCACAGAGGGCUACUGAAAAAUUCAUGAGAAUAAUGAAUGCAUUUCAUAAUUCGUUUCAUUUAUAAACUCAAUGAGUCAUUUGAAUUUAUGAUGUGUUUUUUUGUUUUCUUUUACAUUGUAGUGUUUGGCAUGAUUUUACCACAGUAUUGAUGAAACCCAGCAGGGGUUUCCCAAGAGCCCUUUACAAACACAGAGAUCCCUGUUUCCUGACUUACCGGCGUUCGGCAUAGCUGUGGCCUCGUGUGCCUGCUAACAUUGUACUGUAAAAAAAAAAAAAAAA